AUGAUCAAAGAAGUAGAGGCAGAGAACUUAGACGACGCACCAGAUGUUGACUUCCCCCAUCAAGAUGCAGCUCCAGGCCAUGUUCACCCACGCCCGUCUCCAGAUACAGACGAUAACCCAGCGCUCAGCAAGACUCGUCGUGUUAGAGUCGAGGAAGUCGAAGAUGAAGAAGGGAUGUCGUUCACCAACAACGGCCGAUAUUUCAAACGUCGGACGGAUGCUGGCUGGGCACUGCAUGAGGGGGAGACAAGUUUUGAAAAAUAUAGAACAUACCAAGAGGAAGAGGGUGAGGAUCCAUGGUCGCCUUUUGAGGACGAGGAAGAGUGGGAUCUGGCCCACUGGCUCGUCAAGAACCUUGGUCAGACGCGGACCGAAGAAUUCCUGAAACUGCCCAUAACACAAAACCGCAGCAGACUUUCGUUUCAUAACAACCGCUCGUUCUUGCAGCGCGUUGACAAACUUCCACGCGGCCCAGGAUGGAGUUGUAAGAAGGUGACUGUGCGUGGAAACAUCGAGGAUGAGAAAGGCGAGAUGUUGCAAGAAGAGGUUGAAUUGUGGAGCCGGGACCCUGUAGAAUGCGUGAAAGAGCUCAUUGGCAAUCCUGCCUUCAAAGAACAUAUGGCGUACUCACCUGCAAAAGCUUAUGCAGACCGUGCGGGGCAACAUAGAGUCAUCGACGAGAUGUGGACAGGAGACUGGUGGGGCGAGAAACAGAACGCCUUGCCAGAGGGUGCAACGAUAGCACCAAUCAUUCUAUCUUCAGACAAAACAUCGUUGUCGCAGUUCCGAGGGGAUAAGUCAGGCAUGGCCACAAAAAGGCGCCAAGCAUCAGCACGCGCAACCAUCCUCAUUGGUUACUUACCAGCUAGCAAACUUGACUGUUUCACCCCCGAUGCACGCUCCUUGGCUGGAUACCGCCUCUUCCACCAUUGCAUGACUCUACUGCUCCAACCUCUCAUCGGUGCUGGAAAUGACUGGUGUCGAGAUGCAUAUGUCGCCGAUUUCCCGGAACAGUGUUUGGUCAGUUGUUGCAAAGAGAACCGAUGUCCGAAGUGCCUUGUAGCAGCAAAUGAGCGAGGGGAUGCACUCAACUCGGCAAUGCGUGAUCCAGAGUCAACAAAAGAAAUCUUGCACAAGCGCAAGAUUGUUUACAAGCCUUUCUGGGCUGAUCUGCCUCACGCAGACAUUUUUCUAGCUUUCACACCCGACCUUCUGCAUCAACUUCACAAGGGUGUGUUCAAAGACCACCUUGUGAAGUGGUGCAUCGAUAUCAUUGGCGAGGACGAAAUGGAUGCACGUUUCAAGGCGAUCCCGAAUUAUCCUGGCCUUCGACACUUCAAGAAAGGGAUAUCGAGUGUGAAGCAGUGGACAGGACGCGAACAUAAAGAGAUGCAGCGAGUAUUUGUUGGCUUGUUGAGCGGGGCAGUACCUAGUCGUGUUUUGGUGGUUGCACGAUCUAUUCUCGACUUCUCGUAUUAUGCCCAGCUGCACAUUCAGACGACUGAGUCCCUCGAUGCCCUACAAAACGCCCUGACUGUAUUUCACGCAAAUAAAGACAUCCUCAAGGAGCUCGCUGUUCGAGAGCAUUUUAACAUACCGAAAUUACACCAGCUCUCUCAUUACGUGCAGUCCAUCACAUUGUUUGGCGCAGCUGACGGGUUUAACACAGAACUUCCCGAGCGCUUGCACAUUGAUUUCGCAAAGGACUCAUACCGUGCUAGCAAUAAACGGGACUACGAGGAACAGAUGGCUUUGUGGCUGCAACGCCAGGAAGCCUCCUCACUCAAAUGCCACACGACGUCGACUGCAGAUUCAGACACGGACUCAGAGUCGGAAACACCACAUCUUCCCGCAGCUGAACCACUUCAACCAACCCAUGUCCUUGCAAAAGUCCCUGUGCAUCCUCACCAAUCUGUUCACACCAUCAUAACAGCACACGGUGCUACUGAGUUCCUCCCUGCUCUCCGUUCCUUCUUACUCAAGAAUCUCCCGCGCAACACCAUAGUCCCUGGUCUUCAAGACCGCUUCGAUCUUUAUCGUCAAGUGGUGAUUGUGACGCCACCAGAUUUACGAGUUAGCGACAUGCCAAAGCGAAGGCGCAUCAGAGCAACUCCAGAAAACCUGGUAUCCCCAGCCCAGUUUGACAUGGCAUUGAUAGCAGACAGGCCUCGCUCUUCGCAUUUGCAUACUCUUGAAGGUGUACGAGUAGCCCAAGUUCGCGCUAUUUUCACCCUACCUCGCCAGUUCGGCGCAUAUCCCAGAGCCCUCGCUUAUGUCGAGUGGUUCACACCUUUCAAACCACCCGACCCUUCCUCUCGAAUGCGACAGGUCUCGCGCUCAACCCGCCAACUUCGGCGCAACUGCUGCUGUAGUCCACGUUGACGAAAUUGUGCGGCCGUGCCAUUUAAUACCGAGGAUGGGACAGUCAGUAGAUUUGAGGUUGAGAAGCGGGAAUGCAUACUGAGGUGGC